AUGAAAAAACAACACUAUAUAUCUUGGCUUUGUGGACGAUUUAGGAAUGUGUUCUUAUAUCUGUUACUUCUUUUCUCGGUAUUCACAGUCCUAUCAUUCUUUGAAGAUACUACCUUGGUACAUUCCUACAAUAAAAAAGUCUCGGUAUUUUUCGAAAUGAUGAACCGUUCUACCAAAAUACCGACGUUUAGAAACAUUACAUUAAAAUCGCGAAAGACAAUUAAACCUGGUCCAAUCGACGUGCCACGUCUAAAUAGGACUUUUCAACACAGAGAAAGAAAAAUUCUAUCCAUGAGGAAUUUCCGAUACCCUUUGAAUGUGAAUUUGUCCUACCUUGUGAAUAGGAAGAUGUUGGAUGAUACACCAAUUGACAUUAAACCUAUCAAUCCUCAUAACUUUCGAUAUUUGCACAAGCCUGAAAAAUGUCAGUUUUCCGGACCUAAAGACACGGUAAAAUUGUUAGUUCUGGUAAAAUCUGCUGUCCGUAACUUGGAUCUACGUAAAGGCAUACGCGAUUCUUGGGGAAAGGACCCAUCCCCAAAUAUCCGCAUAGUGUUCUUACUGGGGAACACAGACGGCGCUAAUCAGAAACUUAUACGGGAGGAAAGUAAGAAGUAUUCGGAUGUGGUACAAGAGGACUUCAGAGAUAGAUAUAUUAACAACACUUACAAAACCAUCAUGGGAUUUAACUGGGGAGUGACAUUCUGUUCGAAUGCGUCAUUCUUCUUUUUCGUUGAUGAUGAUCAUUAUGUGUUCUUGUCUAAUAUAUAUAACUAUCUUACGGGCGUCCAUUCCUCCGAAUCUGUCCAUUUGCUGACAGGUUAUCUUCUACCUCACUCCAAACCUUACAGGGAUGUCAAGUCGAAAUGGUUCGUGUCAUGGGAAGAUUAUGGUUACGACUCGUGGCCACCUUACUUAGCCGGAGGCGCAUACAUUGUAUCAUUUUCAACAGCGCAGAAAUUUCAAAUAGCAUUUCCGUAUGUUAAGUAUCUUGGAAUAGAUGAUAGUUAUUUAGGAAUUGUUGCAAAGAAACUUAAUAUCCGCCCAACUCACAAUCAUUACUUCGGUAAUAGAGCAUCCUUCUAUAAUGGUAAGCAAAUCAGACGAUCGAAUAUGUUUGCUUCACAUGGAUUUAAAGACCCAAAUAAAAUGAUGAAAGUUUGGAAUAUGCUAAAUGCUAAUAACACGUCAGGUACUCAAUAA